AUGAAUUUUAAAGAAAAAUUAGAAGUAAAUGAUAAUUCUUCUAAAAAUAAUGAAUUAAAAUUAUUUGGAACACGAUAUUUAAAUGAUAAUUUGGAUGUAUUUGAACAUAAUGCAUGGGAUAAUGUAAAAUGGGAUGAUGAUCGUGAAAAAGAAGCAUUAGAAAUUAUUAAAAAACAAAAAGAAUAUCAAGUUAAUAAAGAUAUAGCUUCAGAUUUAAUUGAAAAUCCAUCAAAACAAUGGGAUAAUUUUUAUAAAUGUCAUGAAGAUAAAUUUUUUAAAGAUCGAGCCUGGUUAACACAUGAAUUUCCAAUGCUUUUAGAAGAAAAUGAUAAUAAAAAUCAAAAAAUUAUUCUUGAAGUUGGUUGUGGUGUUGGAAAUACAACAUUACCAUUAUUAAAAAAAAUUCCUUCAUCUACUUUUAUAUAUUGUUCAGAUUUUUCAAAAGAAGCUAUUGAUAAAUUAAAAUUAAAUGAGUUAUAUGAUGAAGAAAAAUGUUGUGGAUUUGUUUGGGAUAUUACUAAAAAUACAACUUUUAUAGAUAAUGAAUCUGUAGAUAUUAUAUUAUGUAUUUAUGUUUUAAGUGCUUUAGAACCACAACAACAAAUACUUGCUAUUAAAAAUUUAACAUCAAAAUUAAAACCUGGUGGUUUAUUAUUAGUUAAAGAUUAUGGUCGAUAUGAUUUAACUCAACUUCGUUUUAAAAAAAAUAGAUUAAUAAAUGAAAACUUUUAUUGUCGUGGAGAUGGUACAUUGGUAUAUUUUUUUACAACAGAUGAAUUAAAUGAUUUAUUUGUAAAAUUUUCAUUAAUUAAAAUUCAAAAUACAAUUGACAGAAGAUUAAUUGAUAAAAAAAAAUUAUUGAAAAUUUGUAGUGAAACAUUAAAAUUAAGAAAAUUUUUUGAAGAAUUAUUAAAAUUAGAUUAUGUCAAUGCUGUUUUUAAAAAACCAGUUUUUAAAAAAAAUAAGACAUUAUUUAUGGUAAUACUUUAUGAAUUAUGUGAAGGAAAAGGAUAUAAAAUGAUUCCAAAAAAAUAUAAAGAAGAGAUAAAUUGCAUUAAGACAGCUCUUAUGAUUUCAAUAAAAGAAAUGGAUAAUGAAGGAAGAGGAUUAGGAUAUUGGAAAAAAAGUAUGAAUAAUGAAGUACAACUACCUCGAUAUGUACGAAUUAAUACAUUAAAAAUAACUAAGGAAGAUGUUAUUGAUAUAUUAAAAAAUGAUGGUUAUAAUAUUAUAAAAUUAAAAUCUUCUAUUAAUGAUGAUGAAUAUGAUGAAAUUAUUUCUAAAAUGAAUGUAAAAGAUAUCUUUGAAGAUAAUCAUAUAACUAAUUUAUUAAUAUUUUCACCGAAUGCAAAAAUUUAUAAUGAUAAAUUAGUUAAAUCAAAAAAAUUAAUACUUCAAGAUAAAGCUUCAUGUUUAUCAUCAUUUUUGUUAUCACCUUCAAUAGGAUCAAGUGUUAUAGAUACAUGUGCUGCACCUGGAAUGAAAACUUCACAUUUAUGUGCUAUUAUGAAUAAUAAAGGACACAUAUAUGCAUUUGAUAGAGAUAAGAAAAGAUUUAAUGAUUUAAAAAAUAAUUUAAAAAUCUCAGGAGGAGAAUGUGUUGAUAUUUUUAAUAUUGAUUUUCUUAAAGUUUCUAUUGAUAAGAAACCUUAUAAUGAAGUUGAGUAUGCUUUAGUAGAUCCACCAUGUUCAGGAAGUGGAAUGAUAAAAAGAAUGGAUUCAUUUAUUGAUAAUGAAGAAAUAGAUACAAAAAGAUUAGAAAGCUUAGGAAAUUUACAAGCUAUGAUUUUAAAACAUGCAAUGAAAUUACCUAAAUUAAAAAGAAUUGUAUAUUCUACAUGUAGUAUACAUGAAUUAGAAAAUGAAUGUGUUAUUGAAGAAGUAAUGAAAGAUGAAAAUAUAAAGUCAAAAUUUCAAUUAAUUAAUAUCCUUCCAGAAUGGAAAAAAAGAGGUAAUGAUAAAUAUGAAUUUGGUUUUAAAUGUUUACGAUGUGAUUCACUAACUUCAAAAACUAAUGGAUUUUUUAUAGCUGUUUUUGAAAGAAUAUAA